AUGACACCACGUGACGGGCCUACACCUGUGGCGCGAGGCGGGGCCGCGCGCAUCCUCGCGUCGCGCGCGUUGAAGGACACUUCUUCGUUUACCGGGACCAGCUCGAGGCGGGUGGCUGUACAGGUCCGGACAGCGACUUUAGUUGUAAUUUUUCCUCUGGACUGGACUUAUUUGGUCGACGUUGGACGUCUCAUAGCGGACAGUGACGGUCGGAAAUAUUCGCCACCAUGCCCAGCAACAGGCACAGCAACCCCCUGUACCCGCCCAGCGGUAGCAAACACCACAGCAGCCGGCACAGGCACAGCGAGCUCAUGUCCAACCCAGCCUUCCCCUACAAUCCGGGGGACAAAAUGCUCCACUUCUACCUGUGGACGUCCCCCCCGGGCGUCAUGA